UAUAGCAGAAACACAGGAAAGCGUACGAUCAGAGAGAGAGAGAGAGAGAGAGAGAGAAAGCGAGAGACACAGCACUGUACAGAUUCCUCUACCAUGUCUCUAUAUCCAUCUCUAGAAGAUCUGAAAGUAGACCGGUCACUUCAGACUCAGUCUACUCAAGUGAUUGCCAAGCCAGCCGCUAUUAUGCCAGCGUCUGUACCAGCUGCCCCAGGCUUAUAUCCAAACCUGACUGAACUGAGUAAUUACAUGGGUUUAUCAUUGACUGAUGAAGAGUUACAACUUAAUAUGUCAUUGGUUCCAUCUGGAGGGAACGAUGUGGCUAUACCAUAUAUUAUCCCAGGAGGGCUGGUAGCUCCAGUCACAGGCAAUGAUAUUGGUCUGAGACGUGCAGAAAUUAAACAUGGAAUCCGAGAAGUGAUCUUAUGCAAGGACGAAAGUGGAAAGAUGGGACUGAGAUUAAAAUCUGUAGACAAGGGAGUGUUUGUACAGCUGGUCCAAGUAAACUCUCCAGCUUCUCUGGUUGGCCUGCGGUUUGGGGAUCAGAUUCUGCAAAUCAAUGGCCAAAACUGUGCUGGAUGGAGCAGUGACCGGGCACACAAGGCACUUAAGAAGGCUGGACAGGAUAGGAUUAGUAUUAUAGCGCGAGACCGGCCUUUCCAGCGCACAGUGACUCUGCAAAAAGACAGUGCAGGACACGUUGGUUUUAUCUUUAAGAAAGGACAGAUCACAUCCUUAGUAAAGGACAGCUCCGCUGCCAGGAAUGGCCUGCUCACUAACCACCACCUGUGUGAGAUCAAUGGGCAAAACGUUAUUGGACUCAAGGAUAGUCAGAUUGGGGACGUUUUGGCAUCCUGCGGCCGUACUGUCACUGUGACCGUGAUCCCGAACAUCAUCUUUGAACACAUUGUUAAGAGUAUGUCCUCAGGACUCGUGAAGAAAUCCAUGGAUCACUCUAUACCAGAGGUGUAACAUGAGCUCUCCAGGAUGAAUGGAUGCCAACUCCAGCUGUUUCCACACUCUGUUGCUCUAGCUGCAUGUAAUACAGCUGCCAGGGUGGGGGACAAGCACACUUCUGACAUGCACUUUUAUACCCUUUGGUUUCUCCUGUGGGGGGAGGAGUAGAACCCUCCACCCAUGAUUAUCCUAACCCUCCAGUGAGGUGCUCCCUCAUCGUAUGGCUCUAAAAACAGACAGGUGCUCAAGACCAUUUCUGUAACUAACACAUGGCAGGAUUGUUCUUUGAUAACCAGUCUCUGCACAUUGUCGGUCAUGUAACUUUCUCCAGAUUGUCAGCAGGGAAUCCCAAGAGUCCAACCCCACAAUCAGAGGUGAAAGAUUAACAUGAUAUAGAUAGGACAGUACAUCACUUGACACUUUCUGCCGUCUUGACAUGUACAUUACUCUGUAAAAUGACUGUUGUAUUGUGUUACAUAUAUACUUUGCUAUAUUUAACAAUAUACCACUGUUUAGGUACUUGUGUAUUAAAUUCAAUGUUAGGACUUAAAAAACAAAACAAAAAAAAAACACUAAUAAAAUCUUACCUGUGGCUGGUCCUGA